AUGGACGCCGUCGUCAGCAUCACCAGCGACAACUCCAGCCCCGCUAUCGACAACAGCAUCAAAGACAGCGCGUCGUACUCGUUGAGCACAGUCUGGAAUGCGUCGUCGCUCAAUGGUAACCCGUACCUCCUUGGCGUCACGUCGGCAGUGACGCAGAUCAUUAUGAGCUUCGAAACCGGCCUUCUUUCGUGGGCAACUGGCAAUCCGGGCGCCAACGUAUGGCUGACGAGCGGCUCGCCAGGCUACCCUCUCGCGCUUGCGGCUGACGCCAACGGCAACGUCGUGUACGCAGACCCAUUGGUGAGCAAAGUCACGGCCCGGCAGUCGUAUUACAUGCCCGUUUCAACGUCCAACACGAAUCAGUACAAGACAGUCGCCGCUGGUGUCUCUGGGCCGCGGGGCGUCGCCUUCUGUCAAUGCACUUCGUGCUCGGCUUACGCGACGGCGUUUGUCGCAAACACUCUGGACAACAGCCUCGUUCGCAUCUUGCUGGGAUCGAACGUGACCUCGGUGCUAUCGUUCACGGGUACCCUCAACCGUCCCACAGCUCUGGCCGUCGACCAACAGUGUGCGUAUCUCUACAUUGCUGACACGGGCAACCAUUGUUUUCGCCGCGUAUCCCUCACGGCGACAGCACCAACCAUCCUGGAAACGAUUGCCGGCACGUGUGGAACGUCGGGGUAUGUUGACGGCGAUAGAUACGUCAGCCUCUUCAACACGCCUCAAGGUCUCGCAGUCGAUGGCAACAACACCUUGUACGUCAGCGACACGGGCAACCACGCGAUCCGAAAAAUCACCUCUUUGGGGUCCGCGACGACGAUUGUCGGUGCUGGUGGUGCGAACGGUUUUGCAGAUGACGCCCCACUUCCAGUAUCGGCGUCCAUGGUGACGGACGGCGGCACGUACACCGUGUCGACGGUCUUUGACGCAUCGCCAGUCAACUGGGUUCUCAGCACCGGUCUUUUGCGCGUACCGAGCCCCUUUAUUCUUGUGGGCACCGACUUCGGCCUCUUUGCGGCCAAUGCUUCUACGAACAUCUCACUCGCCGACGAUACUGGUCUCGGACUGCCGUUCGCGCUGGCUGUGGACGUCAAUGGCACCGUUCUGCUGGCGGACCCCGCGUCGGAUCGUGUUGUGUCGCGUCUCAACAGUUUGACGCCAGUGCCCGCGACGGACGCAAGCGUAUACUCUACGCUGCACAACGUAAACGUCUCGGGACCACGGGGCGCUGUCGCCUGCCCGUGCGUUGGAUGCCCCUGUGGCGGCAAGACCUACAUUGCGAAUACGCUCAACAACAGCAUUACAAUCCUGGAGGAUGGUGUAGCGUCGUCGCUGGCCUUUGAUGGUACCCUUAAACUGCCGACAGCGCUCGGCAUCGACAGCCUCGGAUCGACACUCUACAUCGCCGACACGGGCAACCACUGCAUCCGCUCGGUUGCAUUGGACAGCACAGCGUCGACGCUCACCACCGUUGCCGGCACUUGCGAUACAUGGGGGUACAUUGACGGUACGCCAUCAUCAACGCUCUUCAACUCGCCGCAAGGCCUCGCGCUUGACGCCGACGGUAACAUCUACGUGAGCGACACGGGCAACCACGCGCUUCGGAAGAUCACGUCGAGUCUCGUGACGACCAUUGUCGGUCAGGGCGGCGUGUACGGAUUCCGCGACGGAAUUCAGUAUACCGCCAGGCUCCACUCGCCGGUGGGGCUCGUCGUCUAUGCACCCUUCCCGAAUGCCCUCGACAUAUUUGUUGUCGACUAUAACAACCAGCGCUUGCGCCAAGUACACCGAGAACGACGAUAG